AAAGUGUAAUAAAAUAAGAGUGCACAGAGAGAGAGUAUAUGCGUGUAGGGCUGAGCUGUGAAAGACCUGUCCUCUCUCUCUAAUAAUUCUCUCUUUCACACUGUUUGUUUUCUAACUUCUUGUCUUCAUUUUACCCUUCGUCAUCCUUCAAAUCUCUCUCACUAUCUGCCAUUCUACUCAAAUGUAUGUUUCUCUGAAGCAAUGAAGACGAAGAAGAUGGCUCAGAUCUACGCUCUUUUUGUUCUUCAUUUUACCUUCUUGUUUUCUACUGGUCUCUCUCACUCUUAUUCACUCGCUAGUUCCAACAGCGAUCUUUCAGACAAAGAGGUCCAUCUGAUCCGACAGCGACAGCUUCUGUACUACCGCGACGACUUUGGCGACCGUGGCGAGAAUGUCGUCGUCGACCCAUCUCUCGUCUUCGAGAAUCCACGUCUUCGAAGUGCUUACGUAGCUCUUCAAGCUUGGAAACAAGCCAUUCUCUCUGAUCCAAACAACUUCACCGCCAACUGGAUCGGCUCCGACGUCUGCAGUUACACCGGCGUUUACUGUGCUCCGGCGCCGGAUAACCCACGGAUCCGUACAGUCGCCGGGAUAGAUCUCAACCACGCUGACAUUGCUGGAUACUUGCCUCAAGAGCUUGGUUUGUUAACGGAUCUUGCUCUGUUCCACGUUAACUCGAACCGGUUUUGUGGAACCGUACCGCAUCGGUUUAACCGGCUUAAGCUUCUGUUCGAGUUAGAUCUCAGCAAUAACCGGUUCGCCGGUAUAUUUCCUGCGGUUAUCCUCCAGUUACCGUCGUUGAAGUUUCUGGAUCUACGGUUUAACGAGUUUGAAGGACCUGUACCGAGAGAGCUCUUCAGUAAAGAUCUAGAUGCGAUUUUCAUUAACCAUAACCGGUUCCGGUUCGAGUUACCGGAUAAUUUGGGAGAUUCACCGGUUUCCGUCAUCGUUGUGGCGAAUAAUCAGUUCCACGGUUGUAUUCCGACGAGUUUGGGCGAUAUGAGGAACUUGGAAGAGAUCAUCUUCAUGAACAAUGGGUUUAACUCUUGCUUGCCGUCGGAGAUCGGACGGUUGAAAAACGUCACCGUGUUUGAUUUCAGUUUCAACGAGCUGGUGGGGUCGUUACCGGCGAGUACCGGCGGAAUGGUUUCGUUGGAACAGUUAAAUGUGGCGCAUAAUAGAUUCUCCGGGAAGAUUCCGGCGAGUAUUUGUCAGUUGCCGAGACUGGAGAACUUUAAUUUCAGCUACAAUUUCUUCACCGGAGAGCCGCCGGUAUGUAUCGGUUUGCCUGGGGUUGAUGAUCGGCGUAACUGUAUACCGACGAGACCUGCGCAGAGAUCUCCGGGGCAAUGUGCGGCUUUCUUGUCUUUGCCGCCGGUGAAUUGUGCAUCGUUUGGAUGUGGGCGUUCUGUUACUCCUAGUCCUCGGCCUCCGGUUGUAGUCCCGUCACCGCCGACAACACCAUCUCCUGGUGGUUCACCUCCUUCGCCGUCUAUUUCGCCAGCUAGUCCUCCGAUGGUGGUGCCGCCGUCUCCCAUUUCUCCAAUUCCUGGUCCUGUUUCGCCGUCUAGUCCUCCAACCAUUGGUCCGUCUCCUCCGUCAACUCCACCGUCACCGGGUUCUCAGUCACCGCCUGGUUCUCCUAGUCCUCCUGGUGUAGUUCCAUUUCCUCCUCCCACUCCGGUUUAUUCUCCUCCAUCACCACCACCAUCGACAGGUCACUCCCCGCCAUCACCCUCGCCGCCGACUGGGUUUUCUCCUCCAUCACCACCGCCGUCCGCAGGUCACUCUCCUCCAUCACCACCACCGUCGACGGGUCACUCACCUCCAUCACCACCGCCGUCGACGGGUCCUUCUCCCCCACCAUCACCACCGUCGACGGGUUACUCUCCCCCACCACCACCGCCGUCGACGGGGUACUCUCCUCCAUCACCACCACCGUCGACAGGUUACUCUCCUCCAUCACCACCACCACCGUCGACGGGUUACUCUCCUCCAUCACCACCACCGUCGAUGGGUUACUCUCCUCCAUCACCACCACCACCGUCGACAGGUUACUCUCCUCCAUCACCUCCACCGUCGGCAGGUCACUGUCCUCCAUCUCCCGCGCCACCAACAUAUUCUCCUUCACCACCACCUCCGCCUCCGACAUACUACCCACCGCAGCCACCACAACCAUCUCCCUCACAGCCACCUCAAUUUUCACCACCACCAGCCCCUUACUAUUACAGCUCACCCCCUCCGCCGCCACAUUACUCGUUACCUCCACCACCGCACUCACCACCACCACCGGUUUAUCACUAUCUAUCCCCACCACCUCCACCAACGCCAGUAUAUUCUCCUCCACCUUGCAUAGAUCACUCACCACCUCCACCUCCGCCUCCGACCGUACAUUACACUCCUCCGCCAUCCCCUGUUUACUACAACUCACCUCCACCACCACCGUCCGUCCACUAUAGUCCGCCGCCAUCUUCGCCACCUCCUCCGGUGAUUCACCAUAGCCCACCACCGCCACCUCCUGGUUACGAAGGACCACUACCGCCUAUUCCCGGAGUAUCAUACGCUUCUCCUCCACCGCCUCCCUUUUAUUGAUUAUUUUCAGGCUUUUCUCGCAUGGGUUCCAUCAGUUAUGCCAAAACCCAAAACCGAAACGUUGUCGUCUCACAUCGAAGGAUACGGAGUCGUUUAUACCAUUUAUUUCAGAGGUGUGUGUGGUGGACUGGUGAGAUUCUCUGAAAGAUAUAUAUAUAUAUAUAUAUAUAUAUAUAUAUAUAUAUAUACGAGGAGGAAAAUUAUCUAAGAUAAAUUAGGAGUUGCGGGGGAAAAAAUAUGUAUAAGAGAAACUAUCCAAAAAUGGAGCAACUCAUCUUUAUGCUCCUUAUAUC